CUUGACUCUGACGUAGGAAGAUGUAGUAAGAAGUCACAUAUUUCAACACUUGAAAAUUCACUACUAAAGUGUUUUUUGGCAUGUUUUCUUCCGUCCAGGCGGUUCUUUUAUUCGACCUCAACAGUUUUAGCGACACUUGCAAGAGUGAAAGUGACUUAGAACAAAAUGUAGCACAAUUAAGAUUGUCAUGUUUAAAAUUGUUGACAAAAUUUGGCGCGCAAACAGAAAAAGGCACAGAAGUUAGAUGGUCUUGUAAGUUUUAUGAUUCUAAUUAUUAUAAACCCGACACGAGCAGGAAGAACUUUCUGGACUUCACCAAGAAGACUUUCGACGAGUUUGAAAACGACGUCACUGAGAGAUAUUGCAAAGUUUUCGACCGGCAGCAAAGUGGCGGUGAUUCGAACCCCUCAGAUAUAUGUAAACCUCACAGUUAUAUACUGAAGAAAUGUCUGCAGGAGGUCUUGCUAGACUAUAACUGGGACAGACCAGAUAUAACUUCUCCUGUAAAGCCAACUAGACGUAGUGUAAAGUCAGGUCGUAAUAUUAUCUCCGAGGAUAAUGGCCCCUAUAAUACUGUCAUUAUCUUUACUAAAGUUCCUUAUAAUAUUGUUGUUAUUGAAGACUUUUGUGGGUGUGAGAGGCAGAACACUAACACUUCCAAGGUUACUGCUGAGGAUUUCCUAAAAAGUAUUCUUGAUCACUCUAUGGUGAAGAGUUUUCAGGAAGAGAAACAUAUUAGCCUAAAUUUUGUGAAUGUUUGCGAUUUGUCUGCGUUAAAGGAAGAAUUAAUUGACACUCGGGUUAUAAGUGCCAUCCAUGGGGGUCUAGUUAAGCUCGGUGGCGGGUUACAUUCCAUAUCCAGCAUUGUUCAAACGCGUUUCUCCGAAGUCGUCGAGGACGAGAAAAGUGUCACAGCGGCCGGAGUGUUCGCCGCCCCCGCAACACAUGUGGCAGGUGUCGAUGUUCAAGUUUCCUGGUGGAAGAAGACAAGGUGUGGGAGACCUCGACGACCUCAGCCUGGACCGACCUUAAUGUGGGAGGACGCUGAGGGUCUGUCAUACCUCAAGGCUCAGCUGGAAGUUUUAGCUGUUCAUGGAAGCUGUUCUCGUGAAUGGGGCAAUGCUGUAGUUGUGGGUGUUGUACGAAGCAGCGCCGUGAGUGUAUUAGCAGUGGCUGGGAGUAUGGGCCACCUGUAUGUGUGCCAUGCACCAAAUACUGUCUUCACUACACUAGUUCAUGUACUGGCUAAAUAUCAGCUGUCCUUGGUGUUAAGGCUGAGUUGCAAUGGCAUUGCUAUUCUGUGCCCCUGGGCUGGAGGUGUUGGCUGUUUGGCUGUGAUGUCUGCAUCAGGUCUGGCUACACCACCUCUUCAUAGCCACAUUGCUAAUCAAGAGUCCCACAUCACUGAUCCUCACAUCCUUAGAUUUGUUUCAUUAGCUGUGGAAAAAUGUUUGAAAAGUGCUCCACCUCAUAGUGUUGGGGAACCAACAACAAACACGAAGGUGUUCGCUGCGAACCAAACAGAACGGUGGUUUAAGCCUCUUGAAGCUUGUAGUGACACUAUAAAAUGCAUCAGAAAAAGGAGGGUCAAUAGAGUGGAGCGGAGAGCUAUGCAAGAACGUCUUCAAAAAAGAUACCGUCCUCAGAUUCCACAACCCCUGGCUACUGGAGAAACUGGACCACUUGAUCUCAUUGACAUUACUCAGCCUCCAAUAGAUUCAGCACCUGUGAGUGGAGCCAAGUCCUCCAUGUCACGAGCGCAGCAGCUGGUUAAAAAGAGUCAUAUUGUAACUGCUCAGCUAAAAGUCAAGGAAUUACGUGCAGAAGAGGAAGAGAGAGUUCAGGCAACAGAACGUCGAGCAGCUCAGGCCUCGGAACGUGCACGCAAGAGUCAGCAACUUGAAUCACAAGUCUUAAAUGCAGUUUCAAAUCCACAAGACACAGGUGAGCUAGUGCAAUCACUGGUGUGCUUACGUGAUGGUGACGGCAUGCACACUGAUCUAUUUACAACAGCUCAAACUAUCAUCAAUCUGGCGCUGAUGCAUGUUAAAGGCACCAGUAGGGUGAAUAUGGAGGAUGGCUUGCGCAAGGUUUUAGGAUGUGGUGUUUUGCAGACGACUGCUGAAAUUGCUAGUAGACAUUCUCCUGAUGCUCAUCUUUGGCAUUAUAAAUUGCAAGUUCUCUUGCAUCUGGAGCUGCUCUGGGUGUUAGGCUACUCAUCAAGUCAAGUAAAUGAUGAAGAAAAUGAAAGCAGUCAUAUAAGAGAGCAUCACAUAGAAGAGGUCAUGAAGAUGUUACGGGCAAUUUCACUUCGCCAUAACCCAACUACCAUGGCCGCCUUCCUUCAGGAGACAAUCCUUGAAAACUACAUGGAAACAAUGGGAGAAGUCUUAGUUGAGAUCUAUGAAGAAUUGAACCAACCCUUGCCAGAGCCUCUGCGUGUACUUACUGGGGAUAUUGGGUCUGUAGAAGACAGACCGUCUUCUGUCAAGUCACAUGAGAGCUCCAUUGCAAGCUAUGAGAGUGCACCUGGUACAGCUGAGAAUCCUGGCUCUGGCAGGUCAAGAGAAGGCCGCAAGGUGUCCUCUCGUCAUCCAUCCUUGAAAGAAGCCAGUAAACGCAGCAUUGUAGUACCGAAAGUAACGAGAGCUUUGACAAGAACUCUGAGCGAACAAGCGAGGGCACCACCUGCCACAGCUCCUGCUACCUCUGCCCCAAACAAAGAAAAUGGUGAUAAUAGCAUAAAAAAUGUGAGGCGUAACCUCUUUGACCUGAAUGAAGAUAGUUCAUCCAAACCCAAGCUUAAGCGGUCCCAAACUGUGGGAGGUGUACCAAUGUCUGAGCUUAGACGAAGUCCUCGCAAGAAACACCAGCAUACAUUGAGUAACGUCAUGCAGAAGAGCAAAAGUGUCAUCACUUCAUCUAAAAACUCAUACAAAACUCCAGUUAAAGCCUCAGUGAUAUCUGAAAGAGGGCUUAAAACUCCUAAGUCAAAGAAAGGUGGUGUAUUGGUGCCUGAAACUCCAGGUGAUAAAGUUGGCCAGACUAUAUUCAACAAAAACAGAAUACGCAAGAGCACUGGUACAAGACUUGUUGUUGAGAGCCCUGAUGUCAAACGACUCUGCAAAACAACACCUCGUCGGCUACGAGCCAGCUUGACCAUCACCCAGAGGAACACCUUCUACUCUGGUGCUCGCUCUCGUAAUUGGGAGCGUGCUAAGACCCGGCUCCUCGCAGAUCGCAUCAGGGGACACUCAGACCGACGUAGUUUAGAUUUGAGUACCACUCAGAGUGUGGCUGACGCUAGUUUCAUCUUUUCUCAGAUAUUGCCGUCCACUCAGUGCAAUCCAUCCCAGCAAAUCUCUACUCAGAUUGGGGAAAGUAAGAACACUGGUUCAGCCCCAGAGAGAAUAUUAGAUUAUGGUCUUGAUGAAAGUAAAAGCAUUGAAGUGAAGAAAGCACAUGACAAUGUCUCUCUCUCAAAGGAACCUUAUUCAGAUGUAACAGCCAGAGGUUAUGCAUCAAUGUCUGCCGAAUUAGAUGUUAGAAGUCCAAUCAAAAGGGUUCGGAAAGUCUUGGCACUCAGCACACCAUCAAAAGUAAAAGUAGCACUUGAGCAAUCUCCAGGAUCUGUGUCGGCAUGCAGCUCACAGAGAGAUGAUCACAUGCACUCUUUCACAGGAUUUUCACCCCAUGAGAAAGAAAAAUUAGGUUCAGAAAAUAAGGCCUUUAAUUGUUCAAGUGUGAGUACUUCUAAAGAUGUCUGUGAGAUUAUGCCGGAUUCAGAUUUGUGUUUAUCAGCACUAACUCCAAAUAAGAGAGUCAAAUUCAGUUCGACUCUUACCCCAAGUAAACAGGUUUGUCUUGCCACUAAUCCUUGGACUCCUAGGAAUAAAGAUGGAUCACUCUCCAAUAAUCCCCAAACACCUAAAAGCAUUUUAAAAACUCCAGGGAAAACACCAGUUAAAACUCCCUUAAAGAGGCUUUGUCUGGUGAAAACCCCAUGUAAAUCACUCUUAAGCAUUCCUUCCCCAUUGAAAUCACCAGUCACAACACCCAUAAAUAAAAGUCUUAACUUAUGUUCAGUAGUUAAAAAUGGAAUAAACAGCCCUUCUAAAACACCCAUCAAAGAUGUGGAACUAGGGUCUGAGGUAGUUCUCGAGACUCCUAAUAAGGGUCGACAUUCUGUACACUCUUCCUUCAAUUGUAAUAAAAUUUCUUGUACAGAAAGUGAAUUUGAGCUUCCAUCUCCAUCUAAGAGAAUUCUGAGCCCUUCAAAUGCUUCUGUAGAAUUACUUAACACAAUUUUGAAUGCAUAUCCCAUCAGUGAAAUAUCAGAGAGCAUCCCUCAGAAGAUGGACACUGCUUCUAUUACACCUGGAGAAAAUUCUGUCAAUUUUUCUGGUAUAAAUCUUUCACUUGUCCCAAACCUUGCUCCAGAAGAUGUUGAAAUGUUGAAUUCACUUAUGUUUGGGUUAAAUUUUCAUCCAGACUCUGGUACCAGUACAUUAGAAUUAAGUGAAGACACAGACAUGCCAUAUUUGAGCCUCGCCAGUAGCUUGCACUCGAUUUGCUGUAGUCCGCAGAAGAAACUUGGACACACUCCCACAAAAAGGACUAGCGACUUAAGUGAGGGUUUUUGCAGCUCAUUGUCAGAAGAAGAAGAGAAUCUCAAAUGCACCCGGACAUCACUUUGGAGGAUCAUACAACCCCUACAAAGGAUAACUGGCAUCCUUUACACGAAAGAAUGUUCGGUUAGUCCUGAAAUUCCUAUAGACUCAAAAAUUAAAUUUUACAUCGAAAGGAUGAGCAGAGUAUUAAGCAAGAAAAGUAAUGUAGAAAAUACAACAGUAUACAACAAGUUCCAGUUGCCAAAUGGUGGUAAUGGUAGUGAUGGUGAUAGUGGUGGUAAUUGUGCUAGAGAUGGUGAUGGUGAUAGUGAUGGUAGUGGUGAUGGGACAACUGUAGAUCAUUCAUCUGUGAACACAAUCAGUCCUAUGAGAGACUGCCAGUCAGUAAAUGAAGAGAUAAAAAGUACAUUAACCAGUGAGAAAAAGGAAUUAGUUAUCUAUAAAGCAGAGACAGUUGUACCAGAAAAUAAAAUUAACAUACCAACAAGUACUGCAGAAGAAGUUAAGCAAGUGAAAGAACUAGAAAGUAGUGCUUCAGACAAAAUAGGUAAGAAUUACACAGGACAGGUAGAUCAAGAUACACACACAAACAAAGCCCAGGAAAAAAUAUAUGGAAAAGAUAAUGAAACUAAAUUGCAACACAGAGCUGAUGAAAUGGUGUGUGUCUGGGUGGCAGAGGAAUCAUCACCUUUAAAAGACGCUAAAAAUAUGUUACAUGUACAAGAAGAAGCAACAAUAUCUGUAGAAGAUUUAAAACAUUUUCCCGUCAAAGUAACUGAUGCAAAAACUGCCACACUAGAGAGCAAACAGAAAUUGAAAAAAUCUUCUCGGGAUAAAAUCUCAAAUGAAAUUAAAAGUUCAUGUGACCGAGAUGCAGAUAUCAGUGUGCCUGGAGGGUGUUACAGGGGUCAAUGCCCCCACGGCCUGGUCCAUGACCAGGCUGCAAGGAAAGCAUUGAGAGUGGGAGAGAAAGUACAUGUUGAGCAGGAGGAUCUUGUUGCCUUCUCUGCUACAUUGAAUAUAGAGUCUAAUGCUACUGUGCAGUGUAAUGAAUCAAAAUCCAUUAAAGGAAAAUGUCUUGAUAGUAGCGAGUCUGAUGAUAAUGUCUGGGAAAAUGUUAGAAACAGAAGAACGACCACUAACCAAUAUAGUUUAAAAAAAAGAAGGCAUUCGGAAAGGAGAAGAAGUGAGAGGAUAAAGGCAGAAAGCCGUCUUAAUGCACACAGAACCCAGAGAAGUUGUAGAAAGUUAAUCAAGUCAAUGUGUGAACUUAGUAGUGAUGAUGACUUUGAGGAGGAUGUCUACUUUGAGGAGGAUGUUUACUUUGAGAGACGUUGGUUAACACCAAAAAGUAAAAAAAAGAGAAUUUUUGAUGAUGACUCAGAUUUCAUAACUCCUGAAAAAUUACCCAGAAAUGAAAGUCCAGAAAGCUUGCCUUUGAAAAAUGUUGAAAAUUUACCAAGGCUGACAUCAAGUGAAUUAGGAAUGGUUUCAGAGGAGGGUGAGAAUAGGACAAGAAAAACUGGAGAUAGUAGAAAGCAACACAGAUUUUCAACAGAAAGCGGCACCUCUUCGGACGAAAGGCAUAAACAGCAAAAAAUUGAUGUGUACCUUUCUCCUGUUCACAAACAACUACCUCUGUCUGAGACAACACCAACCAGACCUCAAGGAGAGUAUGUAGUUCAGAAGCGACCAGAAACUCCAAAUGAUUGGAAAAUAAUCAAACCUAGACGGGGCAAGAGAAAAAUUUCUGAGGUGAAGGGAGCUGUGGAUGGAAACUCAGACAUCAAUCUCAUAAAAAAAUCAAGGAAUGAAAGUGAAAAAGAGACUACGAUUAAUGCAAAUGGGAAAAAAUGUGUUAAUAAUAAGAAGAAAAAACGAAAGGGAGUUAAGUUAAAGAUUACAAAAAGUGGGGAACAUUAUCAGGUCACAGAAACUAAUGCUUCAGUUGGUAGUUCUGAUAAUUCCAAUGCUGAUAUAAAGUUACAGCUGAGUCAGAAUGAAAGUAUGUUUUCCAAUUGUAAUUACAGUUUUGUUUCCUCUUCCAGUAGCACAUCUGCAACUCCUGCUGCAAAGAAGAACAACACACAACCCAAGUCUUACAUAACUCCUCAUAGAUUCACUCGCCACAUGUCCAAAAACAUCAGUGUAUCACCGGAACACUUUCAAAAACUGAUCACUUUAUCCCCAGAAAAAGAAACUGAUUCAUUGCAAAUUAUUCAGUGCCCAAGCAAAGAAAUUAUUAGUAUAAAUAAAAUGCUGACUGAUUCUUUUACUGCUCACACCAGCUCUGAAAAUUGUCCACAUUUGGAAGAGGAAGAGCAUCACAGUAAGCAAUCAGUCAACAGAGAUGUAGAGGAAUGGUCAGUAAAGAGCAACACCGGCUCGCCUACUUUAAAGACGUUUAUCCGUAAGCAGAAGCGGAAACACUCCAUAAUAAUGAGCCCGCGUGUUGAACUGUCACCCAUGAAUAAGGGAAAUUCAGGCUCGACAAAUGAGAAAAAGUGCUUAGUAAAAGACUCUAUAACUAGUGUUAUGCCAACAAACUCGUCCCCAGUCCACUCCAGUAUCAAAAGAAAGACACAACUUUCAAAUCCAAGUCUUCUCAGUUUAGUGCACCUUUCAGUCUCGCCAAUCCUCAACAAUAAAUUACCGGAAGACACAAAUAUGAGUGACAUCGUCAUAAAAUCCAAUAUAAAACUAAAAUCCAGUAGAAGAUUAUAUAGAAGCUGGGACAGUAGUAGUGAUUGA